AUUGUUUUAGAAAUUUUUAGCAUUUCCUUUGAGCACCCCCGCCCUCGGUGACUCUGAGUAAAGCAUGCUCAGAAUGGCAGUCUUGAACAACUACCCGUUAAUAGAUGGUAUAGGUUCAUGUAGUUUACGAUUACAGUGAAAACAUUUAACUACUUCUAGAGGAUCCUUGGUCCCGCCGGUACCAUACUGGUGGGUUGCGCUCGCCCACCAGUCCUUCCUAUUCUUUACGAUGUGGGCCUUUAGUGCGUCGAAAGGUGCCGUUGGUAGGGUGGGCGGCAUGGCAGAUGGAGUGAAACCGACUGUUCGUACACAUUCUCGCAGUCAGAGAUCGGCUGCCAUCCUGUUGUCGGUACUAACGUUCGGUAUUAUCGUUGCUUCUGGUGGCCUACUGGUAAUGAUCGAAAAUGGGAUGCUGGCGGAAAUGAAAACUCCAGCACCCCGUGGCACAUUUAUGCUUUCCGACAGCAUUCAUAGUCCGGAGAAGCAGGACGUUGACUCACAGAGGGAUUUGGAGUACCAGAUUAUUCAAGAUAUCCGAAAUCGAACAAUUCACACAGUGUGUGGACAGAAGAAAAUGCCACACAAUAUUUGGCAGCUGUCUGCUGUACAGAGAAGAACACUGCUUAAGCACAUACUGGUUAAUGAUAGAUACAAGUUUUUAUACUGCUAUGUUCCAAAAGUGGCAUGCUCAAACUGGAAACGUGUCAUUAAAGUUCUGGAUGGUACUUUGGAGAAUCUUGAUGUAAAAAUAAAAAUGGAUCACAAGCAUGACCUUGUUUUCCUUAAUGAUUUGAAACCAGAUGAAAUAAAAUAUCGCCUGCAGCAUUAUUUUAAGUUCAUUUUUGUACGUGAACCAAUGGAAAGGUUGCUUUCAGCCUACAAAAACAAGUUUGGAGAGAUUGAGGAGUACCAAAAAAAGUAUGGUGUAGAAAUUGCCAAACGAUACAGGACAAAUCCUGGGAAGACAAAAGGUGAUGACAUCACAUUUUCAGAAUUCAUCAGAUAUUUACUAGAUGAAGAUGUUGAAAAGAUGAAUGAACACUGGAUGCCAAUUUACAACCUAUGCCAGCCCUGUGCUGUACGUUAUGAUUUCAUUGGCUCAUAUGAGAGAUUACACACAGAUGCACAUUUUGUACUUCAGCAGAUAGGAGCACCUUUUGUUCAGUUUCCAGAAAGACAAGCUUGGUAUAAACCAGUUACCAAAGAGACUUUACACUAUUACUUCUGUAGCACACCACGAGAUCUCUUAAGUGAUCUUUUACCAAAGUACAUUUUAGAUUUUUCAUUAUUUGCGUAUUCAUUGCCCAAUGUUACAGAUGCAUUUUGCAGGAAGUGAAAACAUGUUGAAAUAAUUCAUGUUUCUUCUGACUUGGAACUACCAUAAAACCACUUUGGUCUAUCACUGUGCAGUAUUUAUAUUGUUCUGUGCCUUAUCAAUGUCACAAUAUUUGUUAUGUGACAGCUUAACAAUGUAAACUAAAAAUGCACUUUUGUACAGCAGAAAAUGAAAGCACAAAACAGUGCAAGUAAAGCAGUGAUGCAGUUCUCUUC